GAUGACGCCGAGGCAGAUAGUUACUUUUCGCCCUGUUAGUGUCUUUUCCGCCUUCGUUUAAUCUCGUCUUUGUCCGAAACAUUUACCCUAUUGUAUGCACUUCAUAAAAUUAGACUUUCAGUUUCGUCUCGAAAGUCUCAGACCGAUGCGUGGUUUCUGUGCAUUUGCUUGAAGAGAAAGUUGCAAGCAAAGUGGUAGAUGUACCGGUAUGACGAAAUGCAAUAGCCUACCUUAAACACGGAAUAGGCUGCGGUGGGAAUAGGCACAAUCUGGGAAAAAGGUGCCCUGGAAUGAAGAUGUCUUUGGAAGGCAGAAUAAUGAAUUCAACUAACAAUUCAAGCAGACCGUUAUCUGAGGAGCCUUACAGGAUUGCUUUAGUGACUAUAUACACCAUUGUGCUUGUAGGAGGCAGUGUGGGAAUCUGUCUCAUGAUCGGUGUACUAAAAUCCAACUUGCGAACCAUUACCACCAUAGCGGUCGCCAACCUAUUAGUGGUGCAUUCGAUUUUCCUCUUGACGGUGCCGUUCAGAAUCUAUUAUUAUGUGACCGACACCUGGAACUUGGGUCUGGGUUUCUGCAAGAUGGUCAGCGGUAUGAUUCACGGCCAUAUGUACAUCGCCUUCCUUUUCUACACGAUCAUCCUGGGAAUCCGCUACCAUACCUUCUGCUCAGUGGGGGACGAGGUGCAGUUCUACAGGAAACUGCACGUGGUGCUGGCCAGUCUCAUUGUCUGGGCCUUGGGUUUACUCAUAGGCUUCCCCGUGAUCGAUCUCAUGUACGGGUCAAACAGGAACUCCACGGAAAGAAAGUGCUUCAAUUUCGGCAAGGAGUUGCAGGCGAGCGCUGCGGCAGCAGUGCUGAAUUAUCUAUGCAGCGCGGUCUCCAUCGGCACCGUGUUCACUCUCACCUGCUGCCAGGGGCUGAUUUUGUGCCGCAUCUUCCGGCAAUACGGAGCUGACACACACACUCGGCAGGAGUUCGGGGCGCAGAAAAAGAACGUGUGCUUCCUGCUGAUCGUGAUACUCUGCUUCCUCCCGUACCACUUGUUCCGCUUCUACUACAUUGGCCACUCUGCUGAUUUUGAAAAUGAGAAUGAAGUGUUGCUGGGCUUGACGGCACUCAGUUGCUUCGAUACACUGAUUUUUCUGGAAAGGAACAGUUUAUGUGCAUAGUCUGAAUUGUUUAUGUAAGGUGGCGUUUUUAACUAUCUGUGGGUCCCUGAGGACUGGGUUGAAGAACACUGAUAUGAGGGAAAACCGGUUGUUUUUUUAUGGCUUUUGUUGUUUUUUUAAUCCCUGUAGUUGACGUCAUUAAAUGGCUUAGUGUGUAUGUUUCCUUAGGCAGAAUAUGACAUCUAGUGGUCAUUUUAUUUAUCACACAUUCAGAAUGGUUAUUUAUAUAUAUAAUGUUUAAUCAUUUUGUUUUUUCUGACAGUUGAAUACUAAUUUUCAGUUUAAUAUAAUAGAUGUGUCAUGAAAAAAAUUAUAUUUGCAAAGUUAAACUGACCUCUUGCCGGAAUACUGUGCUUUAGUUCGGGCGAUUUUUUGACACUGAUAGAUAUGAGAAUGUCAAGGCACUUUGUGUAUUGUGAUGUCUCAGGUGGUACUUUGAAUGCCAGAUACGAAUUUGUCACCUUAUUUAGCCAAGUAUUGCAAAAAGAUUGCAUUUAACUUUCUAACAGAGGUACGUGUGCGCCUAGGAGUUGGUCCCCAUGAUCAAAUGUUAAUAUGCAACUCCUUCGAUAAGUAGGUCAGCAAACCGCAUCAGCGCUUGCUGCAAGGUUGAUGGCGCGAGGUAGGCAUUCAGAAGCAAUUCCGAAAUGAAAGUGACGUGGCAGCUCGUGCAGUGGACUUUCCCAUCCCCUCUCCCCUCCCAGCUACAACACAUAAAACGUGGAAGCCUAAUUCGGAAAUAUUUGCAUUUACUAAGCGCAAAUCAAUGUUCCAGAUAGCGCUUUGAUGUCGCGAAGUGCAAGUUGUAUUUUUUAUUUUAAUGUCUGACAAAGUCGUAAAUGAUAUAACUCUCGCCGAAAUUAUUUUAAUGAGGGCUGCGAUUGGUAAAACUCAAAGUGUUUAAUGUGUGUUGAUUUGCAUAAGCAUUCGUCCUCCAUGUCAUUAAAAUUUCUCAUCAGCCGCUUGUCUCCCGCAGUGGUUUAUUUGGAGAGCGUCGAGGAGAUAAGGGCCUGUGAGAUAAUGAAUGCCUUCUCUCUGAUUUCCAUCCCUCUCCUACGGAUACCAUUUCCGUGUCUCAUGCGCGAUGGGCAACUAGUAAGAAAAUCUCAUUUAUGCUGCGAAAUUCGGACAGUUUAAGUUUUCUUGUAGUCAUUCGUCUGCCAUUUGCUCACACACACUCAUUAGUUGUGUAACACUAACCUGGUACUUUUUAAAAUAUAAAUAAUCUCUCGAAAUUGUGAAAAUUUCCUUCCGGGUAAACAUUUGUUCAACACAUUCUACAGUAUUGUUAUUUCCCAAGACAUCUUUUUCAAACUGUGGGAUAUGUUCUCCAGUAAGUGCAUGAAGUGACAUAGCAUCACUGUAAGAUUAGCAUCCCAAUGUAGGUCAGUCUCAUCAAAAACCAUAUUUAUAUCAAUCGAUUUUUAUUUUGUCAAGGCAGAUGCGCAACAGAUAUGCUUUGAGGAAAAAAAAAAAAUCCCAAACUGGUGCUUAAUUCUGCUCCUGCUGCUCCUUAAUAUAUGUCCAUAGAAAUGAGAGCAGGUCUAACAUGAUCUUGAUUAUCUUGAUCGCAGUGGUGUGCCAGCUAGUUCAGAUGGUAGGGGGGACAUUAUACUUUAACACCUAGAGGAUGAGCGGGUGACCAUGUUAAUGCAAAACUCCAAACUCCUUCUGCAGUUCAUUAUUCAUGUAAUCUGUGCUGCUUUGGGAUAGUUCUCCAUGGACCGUUAGAUGACUGUUAGGCUUCUUGGACCCACAUAGUGCAAGCCUGGGAGGAGUUAGCUGUAGAGUAGCUGCACUCAGGACUGGUACAACAGCUCACCUCUGCCGUGGCCGUUGCUGCACCUAUCUAGGCCCCUAGGCUAUCAUUCAGGAGAUGGCUACACAGCAGCAUUUUAUCAAACUCUUUCCCUCUUAUGGAGGAGAUGGCAGUGAAGGAGCCUGGCAAUUUUAUGGAGUGUCCAUGUAUUUUUGGGUGCUUCUAGUCUUAUUUUUAACAACGACUUCUGGGUCAGUUUCCACGUACCGUGAUGCCAAUCCUGCUACAUGGGUGACAUAACGUCACGUCACGCCCCUAACGUCACGACAGGAAUUUUAACUGCUUGUACCCGUUUUCUUCAUUAAGCGUCAUUGAGCUGUUGAUUGAAUUAAUCGCGUGAUUAACAUCAUGUUAAGCGUAAUAUUUUUGAUUGAACUGUCAUAUCAUUAUCCAGUUGCUAUUAAAGAUGCAAAUUCAAAGGUAUUAAGAAUCAGAUAACUUUUUUGUUAAAUAAUAAGUGCCAUAGUGAAAAAUAUAAGGCUUCUAAACAUUUUUGAUCUUGAAUGUUAGAGUUUACAUUGUUGUCUUCCCAUUUAUAAAUUUUAAACAAUCAAUAGCCUGUUGAAUUUAUAUGCGCUUAAUUGCAGUUCAUGCACAUUGUCCGACAUUCUUUACAACAUAAUUAAACAUAAUCUCAGUUUUCACAGAAAUGCAUAAUUCCAUUAUUGCCAUUAUCCUUCUACCUGUAUGUCAUUUCCCCAUCAUGGAUUAAUUUGUAUUCUUUAUUUUUACGGAUAUUACAUGAAAUGUGUUAUGUCGCGUGUGUAUUUGGGGGGGGGGGGUGUUGUGCAUGUUUGAUUUUAAGUUUUCGUAGUGUAUACACUACAGCAUUUUUGUCGUCCGUCCUCUGAGCAGAUUGCUGGAGCAGGCAAACCUUGCGAAUCCAUUUAAAAUCGUUUAUUUCUGCCGAACCAUCUACAGCAGGCAGUAGGUCGUUUGUAGAUCUGAACGAUGUGCUGUUUGCCACACAUCAAGCUAACCUGAAUUUGCAGAUUCUUUGGUGAGGCUGUAACGGAGUGUCAACAUGCAGGGUGGUGGUUUAUUUGCAGUUAUUCUGAUUCAUUCAAUUUAAUAUUAGUGACGUGAUAAUUCAUGGGACCCCGGCUGUUAACCUUGGCUGUCAUUCAAAGGGCAGCACCAGAUGAACAUUGACUGAUCACAGAUUAGGAUGUCUCUGUGUGUGUGUUUCAACUAAUGGUCACCUUAAUGAUGUACAUACAAUGGUAGCACUGAGAACUUCAUGCGUGUAGCCCGUUUAACUGAACACUGCAAAAAUAUUUACCAAUUAAAUAUUAAUGGGUAUAUGAAUCAAAUAUGGACAUUAUAAUUUGAAGCCAUCAAGUUAACGUCAGGUUCUUGGUAAAAUCUGAUCUUCUGCCUUGGUCUACACUAACGCCUUCCCGAUGGCAUAUCCAUCAUUGUGAUGAAUGAGUGCAUCAACCUUGUUGCUGGUCAACCCCUUCCUGUUUUACUUCAACUUUUCCAAGCAUUUAGUGCUUGGAAAGUUAUUUAUAGCUAUUUUACUAUGGACCAGAUCUCAGUAUCGUUACGGGUCAUCAAGUCGGGUUUGACUGCCGGUGACCACAAGGCUGGCGUUCUGCCUGGGUCCCGAUGACAUGUACGUUGUUGCCAUGAUUGCGGGUCUUAUAAAAUGCCCAUGCGUAAAUUUGGUCUUUACUGCAUGAAAAUUCCGGUUUGAAUUGUUUAAGAAUCAAUGUUUGUUUACCAUGUGGUCCAUGAUAUUCUUGGAGAUCCAAAGGGUAUCAGUAGUGUCCUCAUGUCCUGCCCCUUCUUUGGCAGCUUUUCCAUUCAGCAAAGAAGAUACUGAAUAAUUCGCACAUUGCCCAUUUGCACAACCUUACCACUAAAUCAGGUAUGUAGCUGAUACAGUAAUGUGCAGUGCUACGAUGUCGCUAGGCGACAGGAAUUUUUCAGUUCCAUUAUAAUCUUGUGGGGCCACCAUUGUAUACGUGGUCCGUUGGUGACCAAAAUGUUGUUAUGCAGUGCAUGACUGUAUAUUUUUUUAUUUAUAUCUUAUGUCUUUAUAUCUACCCCAUAUUUACCAUCUUAUGUCUUAGUAUGUCUUUUGUUUAUGUGUCAUACAUAUGUAUUUUUUAUUUAUUACUUUUUUGCUCUAUGACCAAAGAGGAACAAUAUUUCAUCUCAUUGUAUGGUCCAUUAAUCACGACAUUAAAGAUACUUUGACUUGA